GGAAAAAAUAUAAGUCUGAUAAAUUGCAAAAAAAAUAAAUUUACGUAAAAAUAAAGAAAAAUUCAUUAAAAGGAGUGCUUUACCUGAGCCAGCUCCUGUUAAUGUUCAUGUUGAGAUAACAAUACAAGAUAUAUCUGAUAUUUCAGCAAUAAGUGGGACUUUUGUUAUAGAUUUUUGGAUUUCUGCAAUUUGGAUACUCGACUUAAAUUUUCACAUAUUGACCCUUGCCGUCGAAAUUUAUCAUUAGAUCAUGAUAUGGAACCAAGAUUAUGGUCUCCAAAUGUUUGUAUUGUAAAUAGUAAAAAAACAAAAGUUCACGAUUCUCCGAAACCAAAUAUUUUAUUAAUGGUUGGUUUAAGAAGGGGAAGAAAAAUAAAUUUAAUUAAUUUAAAAAAGAUUUUUCCUAAUGGAACAACGUGGUUAAAUUAUCGUAUUAGAUCAGAAUCCCCAUGCAUUAUGGAAUUAAGAAAAUUUCCUUUGGAUUCAAUUCGUUGUGAUUUAAUUUUUGAAAGGUUUGGGGAAAUAUUCAAAUUUUUAUUUAAAUUUUGGGGGCCUUUUAGUUAUUCCUACAAUAUAGCAGAAGUGACGUUGGAUUGGCUUGAAUGGUUACCUGUUUCGAUUAUUAAAGAUGAUUUAAACUUGCCAGACUUUAAAUUAACAAAUAUUACUUAUGGAAAAACAACUGAGAUGUAUUUACCAACUUAUGUUUCUGUUUUUAUAAGUUGGAUAGCUUUUUGGAUGGAUACAAGAGCACUUCCUGCAAGAAUAACACUUUCUGUUAGUUCAUUAAUGGCUUUAACAUUUCAAUUUGGUACAAUUGUUAGAACUUUACCCAAAGCAAGUUAUGUAAAAGCAAUUGACCUUUGGGCAGCAUUAGUUGAAUUAGCUAUUGUUGCCUAUAAUGACAAAAUUGUAGAUCAAAAUCAAAGAAGAAGAAAAGCUUCUGCUGUAGGUAAUUUACUUGCUAGAGCAAGUAUAACAACUGCUGGGUUACCUGAUAUGAAACAAAGAAAAUCUUCUAGAGGGGAUUUAUUUCUUGAUUAUAAUUCAAAAGAAUUACUUUCUGUUACAACAAAUAACAAUAAUCAUUCAAAUAAACAAGAGAUAAAACCAAAUUAUGGUUCCAAUCAAAUACAAAAAAGUUAUUCACAACAAUCAAUUAAAAAAUCCCCUCCUUCUGAAUUGGGGAGUGCUAUUGACAGAUUCUCUUCUAUAGCAUUCCCUAUGGCUUUUGCUGUAUUUAAUGCAAUUUAUUGGACUUAUUAUCUUUCAUCGUAUUCCUCAACAAAAUCGCUCAUUAACCGAUCGCUUGAUGUUUUAUAA